AUGGGUGGCAAUCUAUCAUCAUACGUUCCUGCAAGGGAUAUUCCUUCGCUUGCAGGAAAAGUCAUUCUCAUUACCGGCGGUAAUACCGGCAUUGGAAAACAAAUGGCUCUGGACUUGUCGAUACAUAAUCCCGCCCAAAUUUGGAUCGCAGCUCGGAAUCAGAAGACUGGCCACGCCACGGUCGAGGAGAUCAAAUCAAAAGCACCGGACGUGUCUGUCCACUUCCUGAAACUGGACCUCUCUUCUUUCGCGUCCAUCAAAGAUGCUGCUAGUACAUUUCUAGCCUCUGCUACACGCCUUGACGUCCUUACUCUCAACGCAGGUCUCAUGGGUGGGCAACUUGGAAAGACGAAAGAAGGCUACGAGGUGCAAUUUGGCACAAUGCACGUUGGGCAUGCUCUACUGUUCAAACUUCUGACCCCUAUCCUUCUCAAGACUGCUGAAGGCCCCCCAAGAGCGGACGUGCGAGUCAUCAGCGUGAGCUCAGAGGGACACAAGUAUGUCCCGAAGGUCGGCAUCGUCUUCGAAAGCCUCAAAACCGACGGGGCCGGCCUGAAAGCCACGGAUAGAUACGGCCAAUGCAAGCUGGCGAAUGUCGUUUUCGCUAUGGAGGUUGCAAAACGAUAUCCCCAGCUCACCACCGUGUCGCUUUACCCCGGAACGGUGAAGACAGAGUUAUUCUCAAACUCCUCAGGGAGCUUGAUGAUUCGCUUCAUUCAGUUCAUGGUUCAAUUCUUCGGUCUGUCGAUCGAGGACGGUGCUAAAAGCCAGCUGUGGGCAGCAACAGCAGAAGGGGUGGUCAAUGGGCAAUACUACGAUCCCGUGGGCAUUCCCGAUAAAGCGAGCGCGCUGGCAAAGAGUGAUGAUUUGGGUAAGAAGUUGUGGGAGUGGACUGAGAAGGAACUAGAAGGCCAGAGCAUUUGA